GCGUUCCACGCAGGUAGUGACGCAGUAGGAAGCGUGCCUCGCAAACCGGAAGUAGCGCUCUCUGCCAGCGCCUUGCCUGUCUGCCCGUGCUGGGAGUAAAGAUGGCUGCCGAAGGGGAUGUGGAAUUGGAGCUGGAGACAGAGGAGAACUGCAGCGAGCGGCCGGCGGACAAACCCCGCAAACAUGACAGCGGUGCGGCCGACCUGGAGCGGGUCACAGACUAUGCAGAGGAGAAAGAGAUUCAGAGCUCCAACCUGGAGACGGUGAGAGCCAGGCAUGGGCCAGACACCGGGGGGAGAGAGACAGUCCAUCAUCUAUUAUUAUUAUUACUAUUACUGCCUGUGCGAGAGACAGGAGGGGGGAGAGAGACAGUCCAUCAUCUAUUAUUAUUACUAUCAUUACUGCCUGUGCGAGAGAGAGGAGGGCGGAGAGAGAGACAGUCCAUCAUCUAUUAUUAUUAUUACUAUUACUGCCUGUGCGAGAGAGAGUGGUCAGACACCAGGGAGACAGAAGAGAUACAGCUGGUUGUGGGACACAGGGAUAUAAUUUAUUAUUAUUAUUACCUGUGCAGGAGAGGAGAGAUACAGCUGGGAUAGUCCAUCAUCUAUUAUUCUUAUUACCUGGGCGAAAGAGUGGUCAGACACCAGGGAGACAGGAGAGAUACAGCUGGGUGUGGGACACAGGGAUAGUCCAUAAUUUAUUAUUAUUACCACCUGUGCAGGAGAGAGUCUGCCUGCUGUGAUAAAAUCGUACCCAUAAUUAAAAUAAAUACAUGGCUUUCACUGUAUUGUUAUUAUGCAACAGCGUGUUUUCUUUUCACAGUCUUUAUUUUAUUUGUCGCCUGCAAAGACUCAUACAAAGCAAUGCAUACAAGAGAAUUGCAAAGACAGUGACAAAACAAUGCCCGGAUUAAUCAGUCCCUUUUUAUUUAUUUUUUAUAUAAAGAAUAUAAGAAAAAUAAGCCAAAAGUUAUGAAGAAACCCAUGGGAAAUGUGACAUCAUGAGAAAUUGAGCCAAAAAUUAUAUAGAGUUCACUAUGUAAAUAAAAAUAAUCGAUCAGAUCUAUAAACCGGGGGUAUCCCUAAGAUUCUUCAAAGUGAAUAGGGAGAGGGAUCUAUAAAAAAAAUGUAUUUAUAUGAAUUUUUUAAGACGUAGACAAAUAUAAGGUAUCGGAGGUUCCCCAAGACAUUUCAACACUGUCAGCACUGCAGAACAAGUGGUGUGAAAGUUAAUGGGUCUCAAGAAUUUUGCCUGUAAGGCUUGGGUAUUGUCCCUGCAUGUAGAGAGAGCCCAAAGGUCUGAAGAAAUCCAGCCAAAUCUGCCAUUGUGGUGGGCUUUUGCUGGACCCUAUUCACAUCGGUCAGGAGGGUUCUCCAAUGUAAUAAUUCCAGAGUCCCUCAGCAGCUUUAUGAUGUAGGAGAAGAUUUGCAGGGUCAAUCUGCAAGAAAGAAAGGUGAGUUGAUGGUUUUCAAAGUGAAGUUUCUUGCCCCUCACUGCUGCCAUUAUAGUAAUUUUAUUUCCAACUCCUCGGAAUCGUAUGCACGUGUCUCAGGGAAACCUUGCAAGAGCUUUAGGUGUUUUAGGCAACCUAGAGAUGCCAUCUAAGUGAGUGCCAUUUACCUGCUUCCGUGAAAGUAACUUUUUUGUUUUCUCCUUUCUUAGGCUAUGUCAGUAAUUGGAGACAGGAGGUCACGAGAACAGAAAGCAAAACAAGAAAGGUAAUUUUCUUAAUGUAAUUCUCAGGGCUUGACACUGCAAGACUGUAUUGUCCAUGGAAUACAUUUUCAGUGGAAAUUUUGAGUCCUGUUAUUAUUAUGGUGCUGUCACAGUUAUACUGCUGCCACAGAUAUAUGUUAAACUGUUUUCAAGGCCAUUUGUCUUGUGUCCACCGUCAGACCCUUCUUCACUUGUCACUAAAGUGUAGGUUCCUACUUUCUGUCCCUUUUUAGACUGAAUUUAUUAAUUUGACUAUUGGUACACUGACAAUGAAUUCAUUUAGUAUUUGGUCAAACUUGAUAUUACUAAAGCAGAAGGAGAAUAUCUGUAAUAUUUGUAAAGGGGGGUUGGACUUUGGGGUAUAUUGAGAAGGCAUGUUCGUGUCAAUCUGUUGAAAAACGUUUGACUAUUGGCAAAGGAGGGUAUUACGAGGAGACUUCUUGCACUGCGAAUACUACAGCAAUCUAACUUUUCCACAAGAAAAAGAGAGGAACCACAGAGAGCUUAGCUAAAACAGAGCCAGCAAAUCCCCUGCAUAUAGUACAUCCAACAAGAAGCUUCAGUCACUCACUCACUCACUGGGUUCAUGUAAAUGAGUUUUAUUGGACAAUCAUGUGCAAAGCAACAUUUCAACCUUAUCACAGGUCUUUGCAAGCUAACACCACAUAUAAUAAUGCAUCAGUAUAUAAAACAAAGCAAUUGGUAUCAAUACUCACCCUAUCUUUCCAAUUGUGGCAGUGAAUAGGAGCGUGGUGCCAAAAAGAUAAGGAACAAACCUAUCGAUGAUUCACAAUAAUCAAUGCUUCUUCAAAAGAUGAAACACAUGAUGCACAAUGCCCCAAACAAAGCGCGCAUGUGUGAGGCUAAGUAAAAAGGCGCCAAUAUCGCACAAGGGCAGAUGUGUCACACCGAGUGCAUGUGUACGGGAACAUAAAGAGAAAAAAUAUAAUAGGGAGAUUGGUAUCUCGUAGUAAAUAUCACUUCACCUAAAAUAAGAAAAGACACAAAGUUAAAAUGGAAUUCAUCACUGUGUAUCAAUUACAAUAAAGUGCUUAUAAACACCACAAAUGGUAAAUUUCCACAUGUAAUUAAGUGCCACACAUAACACAAAGUGUGAGUUGUAAUUCAGACUGAAGUGUAUCCUGAAGAGAAUAAUAAAGGUGCAAAACAUACAUGAAAAUGUCACAAAUUCUCAGCUAUAAAAAAAGUGCAUAUUGCAUUAUAACACAUGACCUGCAUCUUAUGGUAAGUAAAUACAUGAAACUAGGAUCUAAGAAAAGGCCUAAUAAAUAUUAAGCAAGCAUUAAGUGCCAAUGUGUGCAAUCAUGAAAGCAAAUUAUAGAAUGCCCUUUAUUAUAAACUUGUAAAAAAAAAAAACUACGACAGUGUCCAUAACAUGAUCUUGUCCCACUCUUAGAAUAAAAUUACAAAACGAUAUGACAGAUUUCUAAAACUUGGUUAUCCCCCUUUAUUUCUUGAGGGCAAUUUAAACCAAAUUCAAAGUGAAUUUCAAAUUUAAAGGGACACUAUAGCCACCAGAACAACUACAGCUUAUUGAAUUUGUUCUGGUGAGUAGAAUCAUUACCUUCAGGCUUUUUGCUGUAAACACUGUCUUUUCAGAGUAAAUGCAGUGUUUACAUUACAGCCUUGUGAUAACUUCACUGGCCACUCCUCAGAUAGCUGUUAGAGAUCCUUCCUGGGUUAUGGCUGCCUAAAAUGCAUCCAAACAUUCAGUGUCUCCUCCCUCUGCAUGCAGACACUGAACUUUCUUCAAAGAGAUUCAUUGAUUCAAUUCAUCUCUAUGAGGAGAUGAUGAUAGACCAGGGCUGUGUUUGAAUCAUGCUGGCUCUGCCCCUGAUCUGCCUCCUUGUCAGUCUCAGCCAAUCCUAUGGGGAAGCAUUGUGAUUGGAUCAGGCUACCACAUCUGAUGAUGUCAGCAGACUGCUUGUUUUUUUUUUCAGAAGCAAAUAGCAUGCAGAGUUACAGUUUCAGACUUGAAUACAGUAAGAUUUUUGCUAUAUUUAUGGAGGCAUGAGGGGCCCAGGGGGGUUAAAUGGUGGUUUUAACACUAUAGGGUCAGGAAUACAUGUUUUUUCCUAACCCUAUAGUGACCCUUUAAGGGCCAGAUAGCCAAAUGGGAAAAACGUCCCUGACAAGCUUUACUUCCAUUUCCAUCUCCCCACAUCUAAAAUAUAAUCAAAUUUUAGCUUGCAACACUCUCUACUAAUGGCAAACUGUAAUGCAGGUUAGCAUGUAAGACUUAGAAAAAAGAAAAAAACUACCAUAAAGUGUCUCAACAACAUAAGUAUUGUCACAAUUGGAAAAAGCGUUAAAAUAUAACUUUUUUUAAUAAAUAUACUAAAAUAAAGAGGUAUAUAAAAAAUGAAUAAUAAAAACAAAAAGCACAUGGCUAAAUCGAUGUCCUAUAGCAGUGGUGGCGAACCUAUGGCACGCGUGCCACAGGUGGCACGCCGAGCCCACUCUGUGGGCACGCGGCCAUAGGUCGCCGGAGGGAGGGAGGGUGCGCUCCGCCGGCGCAUCCAUAAGGCGGCACAAGUGGCCGCCUUAGGGUGCACCGGCCCGGCGGGCGCAAAGCCGGAGUGACCGGCAGGAGGUGAGCGCAGAGCGCUCCCUCCUGCCAGGCACUCUGUGUAGCGUGGCCGAGCGCACCGCGGUACAGGAACUUAUGUUUCCUGUACCCGGGCGGCCGGAAAUGAAGUGCUCACAGAGCGAGCACUUCCUGUCCGCCGGGUACAGGAAACAUAAGUUCCUGUACCGCGGUGCGCUCGGCCACGCCUAAGGUUGCAGGAGCCUGCUGAGGGGGACUGAGGAGGGUUGCGGGGAGGGGGGACUGAGGGAGAGCCAUGGAGUGGGAGGGGGGGGAAACUGAGGGAGAGCCAAGUGGGGGAACUGAGGGGAGAGCCAUGGGAGGGGGGAACUGGAGGAGAGCUAAGGGAGGGGGGGACUGAGGGAGAGCCAAGGGAGGGGGAGGAACUGAGGGAGACGCGAGGGGGGGAAACUGAGGAGAGCUAAGUGGGGAGAGGGGGAACUGAGGGGAGAGCCAAGGGGAGAGGGGGGGAAACUGAGGGAGAGCCAUGGAGAGGGGGGACCUGAGUAGGAGAAAGAUGGGGGGGACUGGAGGAGAGAUGGGGGAAACUGAGGGAGAGAGAUGGGGGCUAAACUGAGUGGGAGAGAGAUGGGGGCUAAACUGAGUGGGAGAGAGAUGGGGGGCUAAACUGAGUGGGAGAGAGAUGGGGGGGACUGAGUGGGAGAGAUAUGGAGGGGGACCUGAGUGGGAGAGAUGGGGGGAACUGAGGGAGAGAUGGGGGGAACUGAGGGAGGUAUAGGGGGAGAAAACUGAGUGUGGGACGGGGGGUGAGGGGGGACGACAUACACACAGCACCCCUGCCCUACACAUAUCACCCCACACAAAGACACCCACACAUCACCCUACCCACACAUCACAUCACCCCACCCACACACACAAACACAUACAAUGUACCCCUCAAUGCAGUGUGUGUACACUCAGCAGUCUGUCUGUGUGUGUACACUCAGCAGUCUGUCUGUGUGUGUGUACACUCAGCAGUCUGUCUGUGUGUGUACACUCAACAGUCUGUCUGUGUGUGUACACUCAGCAGUCUGUCUGUGUGUGUACACUCAGCAGUCUGUCUGUGUGUGUACACUCAGCAGUCUGUCUGUGUGUGUACACUCAGCAGUCGGUCUGUGUGUGUACACUCAGCAGUCUGUGUGUGUGUGUACACUCAGCAGUCUGUGUGUGUGUACACUCAGCAGUCUGUGUGUGUGUACACACUCAGCAGUCUGUGUGUGUGUGUACACUCAGCAGUCUGUGUGUGUGUGUGUACACUCAGCAGUCUGUGUGUGUGUGUACACUCAGCAGUCUGUGUGUGUGUGUACACUCCAGCGGUCUGUGUGUGUACACUCAGCAGUCUGUGUGUGUGUACACUCAGCAGUCUGUGUGUGUGUGCACUCAGCAGUCUGUGUGUGUGUACACUCAGCAGUCUGUGUGUGUGUACACUCAGCAGUCUGUGUGUGUGUACACUCAGCAGUCUGUGUGUACACUCAGCAGUCUGUGUGUGUGUGUGUACACUCAGCUCUGUGUGUGUGUACACUCAGCUGUGUGUGUGUACACUCAGCUGUGUGUGUGUACACUCAGCAGUGUGUGUGUACACUCAGCAGUCUGUGUGUGUGUACACUCAGCAGUCUGCUAAGUACACAGACAGACAGACUGCUAAAUACACACACAGAGAUGUUAAUUAGUUCGGACAACUGUAUGAGUUGUUUUUUCGAAACUUAAACCUCAGUAUUCAGGUUUAAAUGCCGUUUUGGCACUUUGAGGGGAAAAAAAUUGGCAUGUAUUACGGUUUGGGCACUCGGGCUCAAAAAGGUUCGCCAUCACUGUCCUAUAGACUGGCUAAGGCACUGUCCCUCCAAUAGGGGAAAUAGCAAGGAAAGUAUCAGUAAAGAUAGAUGAGAUACUUAGUAGUAUAGAAAUGUAACACUUUCUAAAAACAGUGUGGCUUAAAUGAUAGAGGAAAGUGUGCAGUGCUUGUAUCUUCUAGACUCCCCCUGCACGACAGAGUCUGCUGGAUAUGGAAGGGAUGUCUCUUGUGCUCAAAUAGUUAAACAGCACACCAAUAUGGUUGUGAAAAUGCUGCACUAGUGGUGAAGAGGCAGAGAAUGCCUAUGAAUUAGGAGGUAUAAGAGGCAGUAAACAGCUAGGAUUUAUGGUAACAAUCGAUAGAAAUAAAGAAAACAUUGAAAAAUCUUAACGCUGGCUUUGAUAAAGAAUCUAAGUGCCUUUGAGGGCACCCCUUAGUAAAUACCUAUACUGCUUCACUUAAACCCCCCAUAUAGAAAUAGUAGACAGAGUAUAGGACUAAGGGAACGGAUGCCUACAUAUAAAAGCAGGUUCACUGGUGAGAUCACGGCUGUGUUAGUGCAACAGCAGAGGUAUAACUAGCUAGGCAUCCUAAGCCCCUAAAUGUCUCUGGUACUCAAAUGAUUAAACAGCACACCCAUAUGAUUGCAAAAAUCCUGCACUAGUGGUGAAGAGUCAGAGGAUGCCUGUGAAUUAGGAGGUAUAAGAGGCAGUAGACAGCUAGGAUUUAUGGUAGUAAUCGGUAGACAUAUAGAGAAUUGAAAAAUUCUAUCGCUGACUUUGGUAAUGAGUCUAAGUGCCUUCGAGGUCACCCCUUAAUAAAUGCCUAUACUGCUUAACUUAACCCCCCAUAAAGAAAUAGUGGACAGAGUAUAGGACUAAGAACAAACGGAUGCCUAAAUAUAGGAGCAGGUUCGCUGGUGAGAUCGCAGCUGUAUAAGUGCAGCAGCAAAGAUAUAGCUAGCUAGGCGUCCAGAGCCCCUGACGAACGCGUUUCGUCUGGGUUACUCAUCAGAGGGGGCAUUAGAAAAUACAUUUUGUUGUGCAUGGCACUUUCACACAGGCAAAUGUACUUUAUAACUGCAUUUCAGUUUUUUAAUUAGUAUCAUAACUUUGCAACACACACAGACUUGUAUCCAGUCUCCACACCCAGGUCACAGACCUUUACACAUACAUACAUGGACACCUGAUGUAUCUCCUGGAGAAGAACUUGAAUCAUAAAUUGAAGAACUUGAAUCAUAAAACCUAGAUAAACUUUAAUUUUGAGCCUAAACACUAUCUAGAAUAAUUUCAUGUAGAUAUUAACAAAUUCUGCUGUUGUAAUAACUCUUAAAUCCUGCUAAACAAAUAUGCAUAUUUUUUUUUUUUUCCCCAAGAGAAAAGGAGCUUGCAAAGGUUACAAUAAAAAAAGAAGACGUGGAGCUUAUUGUGAGUGGAUUUAAUUUCUUUUAUUUUGUCUGACCGUUUCUUAACAAAGCAUUUUUUUAAAAACACAUUUGGAGAAUUGCAAAUAUCUUUCUAAAUUUUUUUUUUUUUUUCUGCUGUUAUUUUUGUUUUCAAACCAUACCUGUGUAUUACUUUAUUUUAAUUUUUUUUUUAAAGAACAUUUCACACAAUAGCAUAUCAAGAAAAAUGCAGUAAAAGGAAAGCGUAAAAUCCGGAUCACAAUUUAAAAUGGAAUGCAGUGUCCAUAAGGACCGGAAGAAAGCAUAACUAAUACUCUAUAAGAAAGGGCAGAGCUGUUAUAGCUGACCAAGAUGAAGCCUUUAAGGAGAGAGAAGGGAGGGCUGAAAGGCCGGUCACAUUAGAAAGGAACAGAGUGAGGAAAAUGGUUCAUUGUAUGCAUUAGGGUUUUAUCACCCCAAGUGUAUAAUUAAAAAAAAAAAAAAAACACAAACUGCACAUAGGAUGAUUCCAAAAUAUGGAAGAAAAUGAGUGAAUCAGCUUAAUAUUAGUACGGUUUUAAGUGUGCAGUUUAAACAUGGCAAUAAAGUACAGACCACAUAAGUGUACGGAUAGACCAGACAAAAAAUAUAUAGGAUUAAGUCCAAACACCUGUCGAAAAGGGCGUGGGGUGGUGGGAAGACGACAAAAAGAAAAAAACAAAUAGAAGCUAAUGGGACACCAGAUGUUUCGUAUCCAACACAGGCGCUUUAUCGACAUUACUACCUGUCAAUAUUACCCCAAGGCCAAGUAUAUAAACCAAGAUAGAUAAGGAAGAGUUAUUGUAUAACAAGUGUUUUUUGACGGCCUCAUCAGUAAAUUAGUUUUUUUGUUUUUUCUUGUCUUAUUUUACAGAUGAAUGAGAUGGAGAUUCCGCGAACAGCAGCAGAAAGGAGCUUACGGGAACACAUGGGAAAUGUUGUUGAGGCACUGAUUGCUCUUACAAACUGAUUAUGGAUUUUUUUUUUUAUUUUAAAUAAAAUUGUCUUGCCAUGUUUUGAAAGGAGCUUUAAAGUGCAAGCUGGGGGAGCUCUCUGAACCAGUGUUCGUGGCUGCGGACUUAACCUUAGGCCAUGGUGGUUUAGAACAUCUGUGCUGUUUUCCUUGUAGUGUAAGAUGCUGUGGGUAUUAAAGGAACACACCAAGCUGUACCAAUAUAUGCCAAAAUUAACAUGUGUUCUAAUUUAUUAGGAAUAAACACCAUCUUUGCUUAAAUUUUGCAUUGUCUAUGUUGUUAAUGUCCC